AUGGCCCCUUUAUUAUUUGGCGAGGUUUUUUUCCCGCAAAAAAGGGAGUUAUGAAAUAUUGAGAUUGUUAUUUGCAGAAAAAGAAAAUGGCGAAUAAAUUUCAAAAAUAUCUGGAACAGGCGACCGAUUCGACGUUGGUCGAAACUCAUUGGGAGGGAAUUAUAGCGUGUACGGAUAUGAUAAGGGCUGGAGAGAUUGCGUAAGUCACUGGGUUUAUUGAUUUUUUGCGGGAUAGAAGAAAAAAUGGAGGAAAAACUUGGAAAAUAUUGGAGUUCUUGUUGAGAAUCUUCGAAGAAAUUUAAAAUUAUCGAUAACCGAGUUUUCAUUGGAAAUUUGAACAAUUCUUCAUUGAUGAUCUUCACAUUGAAAUUUCCAAUGACAUUUUCAUGUUUUUUAAGCAAAUAAGUUGAAAUAUUGGGUUCUAAUGUUAUUAAUAUGAUAGAAUGAUCUAAGACGAACAAAAUGAUAUAAAUUUUGAUGACUUUACGUUAACCAUAAGUGAUUUAGCGAAGUUAUCGACUAAAUAUCGACUAAACGUCGCUAAAUCACUUAUGGGUAACGCAAAGUCAUCAGAAUUCAUAGCAUUCUGUUCGUCUUAGACCAUUCUAUCAUAUGAAUAACAUUAAAACCCAAUAUUUCAACUCACUUGCUUAAAAAACCUGAAAAUGUCAUUUAGUCGAUAUCCAACUAUAUUCCAGCCUGAAUUAGGCUAAAUCAGAACCUUCAAAAUCUCCAAAAUUCCAGCGCAAAACCCGCUCUCCAAUCAAUCCGAAAACGUCUCCAACACGAAAACCCUCACGUCGUCCAGCACACUUUGCUCCUUCUCGAUGCCUGCGUCAAAAACUGCGGUCACAAAAUGCACUCCGAAAUCGCCACGCGCGAUUUCAUGGAAGAAUUCAAAAACCUCGUGUCGGAUAGCAAAUAUGAGGAGGUCAAAAAUAAAUGUUUGGAAAUGUUGCAGUGUUGGGCGACAGCUUUUGCCAACAAGUCCGAAUAUAAAAUGAUUGUUGACACGCAUAAUUUAAUGAAGUUGGGAGGUUUCGAUUUUCCGAGUUUGAAAGAGGCGGAUGCGAUGUUUAUGGCACAAGUUGCUCCGGAAUGGCAAGAUGGUCCCGAAUGUUAUAGAUGUCGAUCAGCGUUCAGUGUUUUCACGAGAAAACAUCAUUGUCGUGCGUGCGGUCAGAUAUUUUGUGAUAAAUGCAGCUCGAGAGAACUUCCACUUCCCCAAUUUGGAAUUGAAAAAGAAGUGCGAGUUUGUGAAACUUGUUAUGAAACCAAGUUGGGUGAAGCGAAAAAGCGAAUGAGGGAAGAGUUCUUUGCGCGCAAGAAUCAUCCGGAGAAGAAAAGUUUGCGGCAAAUCACAGAUGCGGAGAAAGAAGCCGCGGAAAAAGAGAAACUUUUGAGGGAGAAAGAGGAGGAAGAUCUGGCUUUGGCUUUGGCGAUUAGUCAAAGUGAAGCGGAAGCGAAAGAAAAGGAAAAAUUUAAUACAAUUUAUCAUAAUGGAGGUGUGACAAAUCAAAGUGCUCCACCUGCAUCGGAAGUUGAGUCGAUUUAUAAGGGAGCUGCAGAGCCAGAAGAUCCUCUGGCUAGAUAUUUGAAUCGUGAUUAUUGGCAAGCGAAGAAGGAGGAUUCGUGGAAUCCAACAGCUCCGCCACCAAGUGAUCCAUCGAUUGCACCAUCGAUUUGUUCGACAAUGUUGGCUGUGGAAGAAUCGUCGUCGUUGAAUGCGGAUUUGGCGGCGAUGAGUUUGCAAGGUAAGGGGGAAGAGAAUUUGAAGGACUAGGAAAUUUCUAGUCCCCCAGGUUAUUUUUUUUUCUAGUUCCCAGAAACCCUUUUUCCUUCCAGGCGCUUCCAUCAGCGAAGAUGCAAAAGUUCAAGCUGAUGAAACUAUGAAAUGGUGUCAAGCGAUUCGAGAGCAAGUAUCAGUGAUGGAUAAUCGAAUUCGAUCGAAUUUGGCAAGAGGAAGACCGGUUUUCAAUGAUUCAGCGAUUCAAGAUCUGUUCACCAGGUUGACCGAAUUGCAUUCGCAUGUUUUGAGCAAAAUGCAUACGUUGGAUGAGCAAAGAUGUAAGGGGGAUUUUGAAUUUCCAAAAAAAAAAACACUAUUGUCUCGAAAAUCAAAACACGGGAAAAUACGUUUCAAAAAAAACUCAUGUUUUUAUCGAAAUUUUGAAUUCUUCAUUCUCAAGCGUUAAAGUUUGUCAAAUUUUCAUAAAGCUGUUUUUUUUCUGGAUUUUUAAAAAAAAAAUUCAAAUUCAAAAUUAAAAUUAAAAUUUCAGCCUACCACGAAUCGCUUCAAGACCAUUUGGCAAAUAUUGGCGAAGCUCGUCAGGCGAUCAAUGAAUUGCGAGAGGAGCACGAGCGAAAACGACAGGAACGAAUGGCUGAAGAGCAACGACUUCGACAAGCUCAAAUGCAGCAAACUCUUGAGAAUAUGAGAAUCAAGAAACAUGUGGGUUUUUGCGGGGAAUUUUCUCUAGGAGCAGAGUCUUGGUAGAGCUUUUGUCAAGGAGAAGAGUCUUGAGGACCUUAUUCUCAAGGAGCAGUGCCUUGACACACCUCGGCCAAAAUCGUGGUUUUCCAAAUGAAAAAUUGUACGGUAUCUUUUUACAGUACAAAAAUUGUGAAUUUUUCAGUUUUUGUCCUCUAAAAAUUGUGAUUUUUCAAUUUUUGACCUCUAAAAACUGAAAUUCAGAUUUUUCCAAAAAUUGUACUCUGGCCAGCCACGGCUUGGCCGAGGUGUGUGCCUUGAGGACCUAUGUUCUCCAGAAACAGUGCCUUGAGGACCUUAUUUUCAAGCAAUCGCGCCUUGAGGACCUCAUCUCAAGGAGAAGUGCCUUGAGAUCAUGUCUAUCAAGCAACUGCUCCUUUACAUAUUUUUUGUCCUCAAGGCUCCGCGCCUUGAGAACUUAUCUUCUCAAGGAGCAGUGUCUUGUGAACAAGUCUAACAAGCAAACACUCCUUGACAUAUUUGCUGUCAAGGCUCCGCACCUUGAGAUGCUCUUUUCUCAAGGAUCAACCCCUUGAGAACAUCAAAUCUCUAGAAUCUGCGCCUUCUAAAAAACUAUUUUUUCCAGACAAUGCUCAUGGAGCAACGCGAACAAGCUCUUCAACGAUUCCAACAACAGCAACAAGAAAUGGCGAUGAGAAGACAACAACAGGCAAGUGCGCUCCACUGAUAAAUAUUCUUAUUUUCCAAAUUUCCAGGCCUACUAUUCGCCGUAUGCUCAACCACCAGCCACGUCACAACCACCUCAACAAUAUUACGGUAGGAUUUUGAUCUACAGUACCUUUUGACCUACAGUAACCCUUUUCCAGCCCCGCCUCCUCCACAACAACAGUACUCUAAUGGAUAUGGUGCUCCUCCUCAGCCACAGUACCAAUAUCAAAAUGGUGCGGUACAGUACCCGCCACAGUACCCUGCUCAACAACAACAACAAUACUAUUAUCCACCGCAACAAUAUCAACAAGCCCCGCCCACUUCUACAGUACCUGCUACAGUACCCCAGCAACAAUAUGAGCAACAUCAUCAAUAUGCUCAACAACAACAACCGGUGGGUUUUUUUGCGGCAGGGUUUUGGGGGCGUGGCCAAAUUUUUGUUUUUUUUCUUCCAGAUUCAACAUCAACAGCCUGAAAAUGUUCAGCAACAACAAUACGGUGAGUUUUUUCUCUGCGUCUCUCAUUUUUCUCCAAUCUCUACUCUAUAUUUUUCAGCUGCUCCGCAAAAUGCUCCGCCACCAGUCGCCGAACAACCACUCAUAUCAUUUGACUAA